CCUUCCUCAGUGGUCUUUCCAGAUAAGAUAGCAGGUGUGUCACUUUAGGGCACUUGGACAAGAAAACAAUCAGAGGAUGGGCUUGGAAACAAAAUGAAUGCAUCUGCGUGUGGGGGAAAUAACCCUCUUUGACUCUGAAAGGCAGAGCUACUAUGGGGCAGGUCAAGGCUGCAGUUGGGCUCUGCAUUCCUUACAGCCUCUUCCUCUGAUAAAACCCCAGGACCCUUAACAGACUCUCUCUUCAUGUGAGCUUGCUUCAGGACUCCAGAACCCACUUGGUGUGUCAAGGAGAGAGAGAGAGAGAGAGAGAGAAUACAGGUGAACCCACGUUGCGUGCUUAAAAGGGAUUAUUUUGACAGAGCACGUGGCCUUGGUCCGAGGGGGAUGUUCCUGUUUCUCAUUUUGUCCUUGUACCUCCAUGCUAAAGCACAGCCCUUGCAGGAGAACACAGUGGCUCUUGAUCCUUGCUCUGCCUACAUCAGUCUGAAUGAACCUUGGAGGAACACCGAACACCACUUCAACGGCUCUCACGACCAGCCCGAGUGUGACAGCCAUGUGGACGGGGAAUGGUACCGCUUCACUGGGAUGGCUGGCGAUGCCAUGCCCACCUUCUGCAUCCCGGAAAACCACUGUGGUACCCAUGCUCCAAUAUGGCUAAAUGGUAGCCACCCUCAGGAGUCAGACGGCAUUGUCCAGAGGCAGGCCUGUGCAACCUUCAAUGGAAACUGCUGCAUGUGGAACACAACGGUGGAGGUCAAGGCCUGCCCAGGAGGCUAUUAUGUCUACCAGUUAACCAAGCCCAGUGUCUGCUUCCAUGCCUACUGUGGCCAUUUCUACGACAUCUGUGACAUGAUAGAUUGCCGGGGCUCUUGUUUGGACACUGGAGACUGCACAUGUUCUUUAGGAACAAUAUUGGGACCUGACGGACAGACCUGCCUUGAUGAAAAUGAAUGUGAACAGAAUAACGGAGGUUGUAGCGAGUUCUGUGUGAACCUCAAGAACUCCUACCGUUGUGAAUGUGGAGUUGGGCGAAUUCUAGGGAAGGAUGGAAAGACCUGCCAGGAAAUUGAAGGUUGCCACAACAACAAUGGGGGCUGCAGCCAUGUUUGCGUCACGGUAGAAGACACCUACCAGUGUGAGUGCCCACGCGGUCUUGUUUUGUCAGAUGACAACCACACUUGUCAAGUCCCUGUCCUAUGCAGAUCUACCUCCAUAGAGGUGAACAUCCCUAAGGAUCUAGUUGGAGGGAUGGACCUUUCACUCAUCAAUGGUUCCUGCAAAGGGGUAUCCAAUGGAACACAUGUCAACAUCAUCUUCUCCCUGAAAUCCUGUGGUACCACUAUAGAUGUGGUAAAUGACAAAAUCAUCGCUACCAAUAUGGUGACUGGCUUGCCCAAGCAAACCCCUGGCAGCAAUGGCGACAUCAUUGUCCGCACAGGGAAGCUGUUGAUCCCUGUGACUUGUGAAUUCCCUCGCCACUACACCAUGUCAGAGGGCUACGUCCCCAAUGUGAAGAACUCGCCACUUGAGAUCGUGAGCCGCAACCGGGGGGUCUUCCCCUUUACCCUCGAGAUAUUCAAAGACAAUGAGUUUGAAGAGGCCUACGGAGAUGCUCGCCCCACCCUUAAACUCCGAGAUUCUCUGUAUUUUGGAAUUGAGCCCUUGGUGCACGUGAGCGGUCUUGAGACAUUAGUGGAGAGCUGUUUCGCCACCCCUACCUCCAAGACUGACGAGAUCCUGAAGUACUAUUUGAUUCGAGAUGGCUGUGUUUCUGAUGACUCUGUGAAGCAAUACACAUCUAAAGAUCAUCUGGCCAAGCACUUCCAAGUUCCAGUGUUCAAAUUUGUGGGUAAGGACAACAAGGAAGUGUUCCUGCACUGCCGUGUCCUUGUGUGUGGAGUGACGGAUGAGAGGUCUCGCUGUGCCCAGGGCUGCCGCAGACGGAUGCGCAGAUGGGCAGAGUCAGAGUCAGAGGAAGCCAGUCACAUGGCUAAUCACAUCCUCACAGGUGGUCCCAUUAGAAUUGAUGUGGAUAAGUAGAUCUAUCUCAGCCUUCACCAACCUAGAUCCCACCAGACUACAACCCCCCAUUUUGGGCCUACAGCCUCCAUGCUGGUUGAGGCUGAUGGGAGUUGUAGUCCAAAGCAUCUGGAGGGCACCAGGUUGGCAAAGGCUGUCUUAUCUUGUGAACAUGCUGCCUCACUGAUGCUUUCUCCUAUGUACCUUCGAUAGUGAGCAAUCAUCUGUGUUUGGCAAGAAAAUAAAGGCAACAUACAAAACAAAACCAUGUGAUUUCCUCUUUCCCCAGUGAAAGCCUAUGAUCUUUGCUAAGGUCAUAUUAGAUGCAAUCUCAUCCAAAUGCUGUUUGAUGUCUGAUAAUGGAUGGUUGGAGCAAAAUUAAAUGGGCCAUUUGAAUCACAGGGAUGACAAUGGUACCAAUUUUUGUUAGAAAUCAUUAGUUCAAAGAGCAUGUAAAAUGUCCAGAUCUAUAACAUUUUCAUGAAUAGGAAUUUGGGUUUUUUACAAGGCUACACUGACACAGAGGAGGGGGACACUAUCUGCAACACACCAACAACUUAACUAGCACACUUGAUCAUUUUUAGGUGUUGAAAUCAACACAAACUAAGGGGUGCAGAGGGUGCAGAGUGGUUCAAAAUCUAGGAGUUUUGAACCACUUUAUAGUAUUUAAAUGGUGAGAUCCUAUAUCAUCAUGACCUAGAAAAAUCUUUCCUAAAGCUAGAUGAGCCAGUGGCAUAGUAAUUUGCAGUCUGGAAAGGUGUUGAAGCUCUUCACAGCGACAGAUUCAUGAACACCAAUCCAAAUGUCAGUGUGAUAGAUCUCACCCAGUAAAAGAUGGCUGCAUGACCACUGAAGCUCAUAGGAUUAAUUCAAGUUACUGGAUUCAGUGAAAAGAAAUGCAAUGCAACUCUAUUACUGUCUGCUCAGAAGUAAGUACCACCUUGUCCAAUAGUGCUUACUCCAAAGUAAGUGUGCAUAGGGUUACCAACUUAGUCUCUAUUUCCUAUUCAAUAAAUUUUGUGGACUUCAGUGAUACUGUUGGGGAACAUCUUUCUCUAUAGUACACAAAGUACUUAUGCUAGAAUCAGGGCCAGUCCUUCCAUUAGGCAGAAGGGGGCAGCUGCCUCAUGCAGCAGAUGCUGGGGAAUGGGCAGCUGUUGCCUUCAUGUGAGAUGCUGCCUUCAGGUGUAGUAAAAUUAAACUUCCAGUCAAGUUGGUUUCAAUAGAUAGAAUGGGGGGGGGCUCCCUUUUGUCCUUCAACAAAAGCAGGAAAAUGCCUUUGGCAAGCUCUGGCCAGGAAAGUCCAGAAUUUGUGUUGUUCCCCUUUAAAGCAUUUGCAUUGUCUUCUUCCUAUAUCUUCUCUCUACUUUUUGUAAGGAUUAUUAAGAAAUAUUUUGUUGGUCGUAGCCAAAUGCCUUGCGUAGGCUCACUGUCAGCACCGAUGUAAGAUAUAUGCACCAUGUGUUCAAACUAUAUAAUCUACACUAAAAAAAGCAAGCUUCAGAACUAGGUGCUGAAAAUUCUAUAUGUUUUAACUUGCUAACUGUGUAUUACUAGGAAGUUCAUUAAUUGUAGCAUUCUUAUAGUGUGAAUCUCCAUUCUCCAUCCCAAAUAACAGAGCAUUUAUGUUUUGUAAUGUUUUGAUCAUAUUGCUCUCAUCAUGCACACCUAUUGUUAGGAAUUUAAAAUAUAAUGAUAAAAGGCAGUAUAGGAAACUGAUGUAGGGCUGCCAUUACCGGGACUUCAGAGGUGGAAUUGACGUCUGGGGGAAUUUCUGCAAAGCUCAACAACUAACUGAUGGACCUACCAAACAUCAACCCAGAUGGAGGAAUGAAAUAUUGGGAGACAACACACUUAUCGCAGGAUAGCCUAAAUAGGGAGGGGGGAUUUAUUUAGUUGUGGUAUCAUGGAAAAGAGUAAAUACUGUACUGAAAAGAGUAAAUUCUGUAAGCCAUUCAUAAUGUAAAUGGAUGGACAAGUUCAACAUUGUUAAAAACAGCUCCAAGAGUUUCAGAUAAUCAAGAACCAGAGAACAUAAGUUUAGGUGCAGCAGGAUAUGUUUAGAAAAGGAAUCCUGAUGUUAUUUUAUCAGAGGGCAACAGGCAAAAUAUCAAAAACGUUCAAAUUUGGGACAAGUGGCAAUUUGUGUUUACAGAGAAAUAACCCAGAGGGUCUAAGAGUUAUAUUUUGGAAGAAUAAGGAUGGUUCUAAAAAUAUAUAUAGUUGUGCCACCCGAAGUUGUAAAAUAAUAGUAAUCCUUUGUAGCUAGAAGAGUGCAUCGUAAAUGUUACUGGCAAGCUCUGAUGUUAUUUUGAACUAUAUAUGUUAUUUAAUAAAAGUUAGUUUUACAACGGCCUACCAUAAUAAACUUUUCAAAUACUCAAUAUACCUUUGUUUCUUGUUAUUAAGCAAUAUGUAUGUUACUUCUCUUUAAGUGGAGCAAUGCCUUAAUGGAAAUAAAAUUAAGAGUAACUUCAAAACCCA